CCGUGUGCGUGUACCUUCCUGCCAGAGCGCUGGACUCACUUCUUCGCUGGGCAUGUCGUCGGUACUGUGCUGUUUCAGGUGCUGCGGGGAUGGCAGCUCUGGGCACAUCCCGCUUAAAGAGAUGCCGGCGGUGCAGCUGGAUACACAGCAUAUGGGGUCGGAUGUUGUAAUUGUUAAAAACGGAAGAAGGAUCUGUGGUACAGGUGCCUGUCUCGCUAACGCACCUCUUCACCAGAACAAGAGUUACUUCGAAUUUAAAAUCCAGUCGACGGGUGUAUGGGGCAUUGGAGUUGCAACGCAAAAAGCAAACCUGAACCAGAUUCCUCUCGGUCGGGAUGUUCACAGUCUGGUAAUGAGGAACGACGGAGCCAUUUAUUACAACAACGAGGAGAAGAGCCGGCUCCCUGCAAACAGUCUGCCCCAGGAAGGUGAUGUGGUGGGUAUCACUUACGAUCACGUAGAAUUAAAUGUAUAUUUAAAUGGGAAAAAUAUGCACUGCCCAGCAUCUGGCAUUAGAGGAACGGUUUAUCCAGUUGUUUAUGUCGACGACAGUGCGAUUCUGGAUUGUCAGUUCAGUGAAUUUUAUCACACGCCGCCAGCUGGAUUUGAGAAGAUAUUGUUUGAGCAACAAAUAUUCUGAAUACAUCAGACCUCAGCUAUGUUCCCAAAGCUUUCUUUCCUACCAAUAUAACGCUUCACAAAAUCUACAUUGUAUUUAUAUCUCAUCGUAUGCUGGCUUUUUGAAAACUAGUAUGUGUAAGUAUUUUCUAAAGGUGUCACCUAACUUCAGUGAUCACCCUCCUUA